AGCCGCGAGAAGCAACGGGAACUCCACUUUCCUUUUCGUUGUUGCAUCCUUGCUACGCUAGUUUAGCUGCCGCACCACGGCCAAGUAAAACCUCACACAAUGCACGUAGAAAUUCGCUUGAGCGAGGCGGAACAGGUGUGCGCCUUCGACACGCAAAGCUUCUAUCGAGUGAAGCAGCUUUUAGCCAACCAUGGUGGCUCCACCGGCGGAGAGGAUAAUUCUUCAAAGUGCACCGCUUCAGCGGAGCCGAUGCUGCGCAUUCCACACAAGUUAAGCUAUACACCGCAGUUUAAGCUGCAGCUUGUUGUGGAGCGCUUGAUUGAGCUGGAGAGCCAGGUUAUCUCUGCUCGAAUGUGCAAGAAACAACACGAGGCACGCACUAAGAGCAAUUGGAACAACAGCGACGUUGGUACUGCCUAUCAUAGCGCAACCAUUGACGAGGUCAUCCUCGCAGCUCUUCCGCUAGCGGCGGCCGACAGCGUGAUCAAGAUACGCCUUCUGCAACUGCCACCUCCGCUCGACUACGAUGCGCAGCAAACGGUGAAAAAAGCACUCGGGAACGUCACUACCAACGAGUACCGCCACGACACGCCGCUCUGUAUUGGCGUGGCAAAAAUCACCCUGCGUGACAUGAUGGCUGCGCGACGCACCGUGAGCAUCGCCAUGCAAGCAAAGCGCACCAUUUUCAGCACCGUAGAGGCGCACAAUCUGGACACGUUGGUCACAAACGCGAUGUUCGGUAAAGGCGAAAGCAGCGGUAGCGCGCUCCUGUCGCUCCAGAUCAACGGGUACACCUUUGGGCGAGUGCCAAAGGGUCGGCUGCUGCUAUACAACGGAGCAGGGGAGGAACUGGGCCGUAAUUCGACGAAAGGCUCAGAGACGCACAGCACGGGCAAGCAGAGCGUUUCCACCGCAGGCGGCGAAGACGCAAAGGCGGAGACAGAGGCGGAGUCGCUCAACUCACCGGCCAUCCGCUUUGUGCUCAUUCCCUACGUCGCGUUGGUGGACGUGGUGUUGCGUGUGAGCGACGUCGCGUCGUGGCGUGUGCCGCGCAAGACGGCGAUGGCGCUUGCAAUGGUGGUGGUCGCGUUAUACGCCGACCUCUUCGAUGUGGCGUGUGUGCUCAUGGCGACGCUCCACGUGCUGCUGUUUAUCCGCAACAUUUCAUUGUUUUACUGCGUGCCCAUCAGCGACUCUGCGUCGCGCACGAACGCGUCGCCGGCGAUGCCGAGCGGGGCAGACAACUUUCAACCCUACCUCUACAGCAGGGACAACGCACUGUUGAACAGCCUUCUGCGGGCGCGUGUGUUCUUCUCGCGUGGAUUGCUGGAAGACACGUAUUUCGAGCUCGCCCUCAGUGCCCACCUCGCGCGUCAUUCUCGCCGGCAGAUCGCCGUCUUCGUUCUUGUCGUUUGUGCCGGCUUUUUAACGCUGUCGAUAGGGUCGGUGGUGGUUUUGCUCACGCUGGGCAUCUUCACGGCCUAUCCGAUUUACCUCAACGCCCCGCCCGCGCGCCGCCGUCGCAGAAAGAAGCUUUUGAGUAUCGCAACCGUGUACGGCAUUGUCAGGGUGUUACGCACACCGGCGCGGCUGCGGGUGGUGCGGGUGGUGCGCGUCGCGGUGGUGCGGUCGAAGAGCGCUGUGCCGCAGCCGGAGGAGGACACGUCAGCCGCCUCUACCUCGAUGGCGCUGCAGCAGCAGUUCCUCGGCUACAUCCGCCAGCACUCGGAGUCCAUUGGCGCAGGCUCGAUCACGGAGCGGUCGGAUGCCUCGCCGAGGGCACGGGAGGGGAGCACCCUGGGCAUGCACCGACGCGCAAGAACGAUGGACAUCGACGGGCUCGUCUCCAACGCCGGCACUUUUUCGAGCACGAUUGAUCACUUCCAGAUGACCCACGCGCUGCGCUUCUUUGUCGCCCUCUGCCUUUCACCGGCAGGCCCUGAAACUGCUGGGCCGUCGAGCUCGACCGGCAUCGGGCGUAAGACGUCUAGUUGCCUGUCCUUUCAGCGCCGCAUGAUGGAUCAGCUGCGUCAGGCGCGCACCGUCAACACCCUUGUCGCGGCCUCGUGUCCGCAAGCCGGCAGCAUAGCCGUCCCCGGGUCCUGCCUCUUUCCCGCACAGUCCAGCGUCUUGAUGACCGAAUCGAAGCCCAGUGCCGUCUCGAAGGAAGUGCAAGACGCAUUCCAUGCGUACUUCAACAGCACCAUCGGCUUUCUCUCCUUCCUGCGCCAGCAAUCCACUGUGCAUCCCUAUGUGACACAGUCUGUUUUGAUUAAAUGCGCGCCGGACAGCAUGCGAAGCGUCAGCGUGCUGGCGCCUACGCAAUGCCUCGUCGACUUGGGCGAUGACGAUAGCGUCACCAAGGCAAUUGUCGGACGCCGCGUCGCCGCUAGUGCCCUUCCCCCGGUGGGCAAGUUCAACACGAGCAACCCUAUCGAAGUCACCGGGCGCGUGAUGGCCCUGUACGCGGCGUAUCUUUUGCAAGGCGCGCGCCUCUCCGUCUACACCUCCGCGAGCAGGUGUACAACGAUUAUCCCGCUGAUGGCGCCAGGCAACCGCAUCGAGCGCUUUACACAGCCCAAUCCGUGUCCACUGGACUUGCUCAACACGCUGGACUCGGUGUGGCGCGGCGAGACGAAUGACACUGCCGGGGAGGGCCAGGAGGUCUUCUUCACCGCAGACGCCGUGAUUCAGAUCGUCACGGUGUACAAGAACUUUUGGACUGGCGAUGCGGCGAUGGCUCCGGUGCGGACGUCGUCGAAGCUCGAACUGGGGGGCAACUCGGACACGGCGGCCGCCCACGUUCCGCAGCGCCACCCCAUCCGCAACGUUUUCGCAGCGCUGGGGACGAUGCCUCGGCAUGCCUCGACACAGCGCAGUACGACCGCCUACGCGGGUCGCUCUCCAAGGGGGCUGCUGUCGCCGGGUAGGGGGGGCGGGGCCGGUGGAAGCGGCGCGAACGUGAUCGGCCCGACCUUUCCACGCAGCGAUUUCGGUUCGACGCGCGCGGGCCCCAACAGCCCUGGUCCGUCCCCGCUCCGGCUUCCUCCGUCGCAAACGGUGGAUCGGUGGAACACGAACGUUGUGUCGGAAACGACAGGGUCGGUCGACGUCAACCACGCGAGUGUGGCGAUGAGCGAGCCACCCCUGUUAGAAGCCACCAACAAUGGAGAGUCGCGUGUGCACUCCUUUCUCCUAGACGACAAGGACAGCCCAGAUCCCAAGCAAACCUUGUCGCGACAAGUCAGUAGCCGACUCGACAUCCAUGAGAAAACACUGAAACCCUCCAAAAAAGCAUGA